CUGUACUGGCAUAGGAAGACAUCGGCAUCGCUUUACGUGCGGCUUCUCUCUGGAGACCACAACCUCUCCCCACUCCCCCCAGAGGCCUUCACCAUUCCAAUGGUUGUGCUCCCCGCUUGUUCUCUCACACCAAAUUUAAUAAUUCAGGUAAAUAAUAGGGGACUUCUAACCAAAAUGUACUCAUGGUGGAUACUAGUGAUGGAGGGUUGGUAUGAGCCUGAAGAAGCCAGAAAUGCAACAUACAAGAGGUUCUCUCGCCUUCAGGCUGGUCUGGCUAGUGAUGUAAAUAUUGUCAGCUUCUGGACACAGCUUACUGGUCGUGGUACCGAAGUGAUAGGUGCGGUGUGGGAUGCUUAUAAGCUAGGGGGAGGUAGCCCCUUAUGCACCGAACUCAUUGCCCGCUGGCACUACUCCCCUGAGAGGAGAAGUGGGUGGGGGAAGCUCCCCCAGCUGCAGUCCUACAUGGAUAAGAUGCUCGUCCGAUCGCGCUACAUGGCCGGGGUCACCUUGAAGGUUGGUGUUCUUGUGGGAAAACCAGACUAUGGGUUUGACUGCAGGACGGAACAAGAUAAGCAGGGACAUCUGAUGGCAGUGCAUGGUUACAGUGCACAUAUCUUGCGCACACUCAUGGACCUGUUGCACUUCAAGGUUGAGUUCAUCGGAAGUGGCGCCUGGGGCUUUCAGGAUGAUGAGGGUGUGUGGGUUGGAUUGCUGGGGAUGCUUGCAGAGGGUGCAGUGGACCUCAUGGUGUGUCACCCCACGCUGACCGCAGACAGGACAGCUGUGGCACUCUUUCUGCACCCCACCCUGCAUACUCGGCGCAUGUUGGCAUACAGAGCAGCCGGCCUGCCCCUCACUCAAGAUGUGUUUGUCCUGACAUUCACUGGCUCCCUGUGGCUGGUAUGUCUGGUGAUGGCACUUGUGCUGCUUGCUGCCAGUUUCCGCCUUGCAUCACUGCAGACUGCCAAGUUCCUGUCAGGACAGCCCAAACCAUGGACAUGGGUGGAGAUCACGUUGUGGGCGGUUGCAGCCACCUGUCAGCAAGGUUUCAGCAAGGUGCCACAAGGAGUCUCCUGCAAGAUGGUCUUCAUAAUUGGCUACAUGGCAUCAUACCUCCUGUACACGUGGUUCGCUGCGGGGGUCACAUCUUUGCUGGCUGUGCAGGGGCAGGAUACCAACCUGCAGCUCUCUGAUGUAGCUCAAAUGCACACUGACUUCUCAGCCUCCUGGGAUGGUCUCCUGCCAGACUUCUUCUCUAAUUCACCAGACACCGCAGUGCGCACACUUCACUCAACGCAGUUACGAAAAGAGCGCAACAAAGUACAGUCAUUAGAUCAGCUCUUCUUGCAGCUUCAGGGAGACAACAGGGUUGGUAUGGCCAGUGAGUACCCCCUGAAAUACUUCAUGACUACAAGACUGUCUGCAGAUGAAGCCUGUCAAUUGACACUCUCACCAGUUGCUGGCACAAAACAUAUGAAAGCCUGGGCUGUGCCAAAGGAUUCACCAUAUGCUGACAUCUUAAAUUACUGGCUGCUGUGGCUGCAUGAGACAGGCAUCCUGCAGGUGGGCCUGAAGCGAAGCAUGGUGGCUCCUGCAUCCUGCAGCAAUGGUUCUGGUUACUCCAGCGCUGGGCUUGGACACGUCAUGUCAGCCUUGGGAAUUCUAGGCUCUGGCAUUGCAGCUGCAGUACUGUUACUCGUUGCGGAGUUUGCGUGGCAUCACCACAGGCAUACCAGCCAGCAUUAAACCUUUAAACCAUACUGGUAACUAUAUGGACCACUUGAUUUAACAUUAAAAGAACCCUGCAAUUUUUCCACACAGUACACUGUGUCUUUGUAUGAUUCUCAGACUAGACAUCAAUUAUUACACUUCUUCGUAACUGAGACGUAUUUUUGUGCAGUAGGAACCAGAUUUUUAAAGAGCAUUUAGAUGAACCCCAAAGGGAUCAACGUCCGCUUUGUUGGUCAGUCCAAACUGACUGCUACUUAAAACCACUGUGUUUUACACAUGUAACAACAUGUAACAUGCAAAGGAACAUACAUCUGAUGAAUGUCAUGUCAUGUGUACGUACGGCACAACUCAACUUCUAGCAACAAAUAAACAAAACAGGUACAAAAACGUAAAUUUAUCUAUAUUUAACUAAUUAAACAUCAUCCAAUGAAAAAGUAUGGGGAGUGGAGAUAUAACUCCACCAUUCCUGACAUUGGGACAAGAUGGAGGUGAGUGGUCAGCUUUGUGCUCAAGCCUAUUUACCUUCAGGGAAACAGCCCCAAGUAUCCAAUGGAUAGCUAAAUGUGUUAAACAUUAUCGGCAAUAAAAACUGAAGUGUAAAGUUAAAAGAACUGAAAGAAGCUGCAAAUACACUGAACAUUCUCCAUUUACUACUGUCUAUCUUCAUCACAUAAUGGAACCCUCAUUUAACUUUCCUUGACGUAACAUUUAAUGUUCAGUUUCGGUGACCCUAAGAAAAUAAUCUUAGUGCUAGAUUUCCUCAUUUUAGACUUCCCUUAGUUUAGUGUUCAAAUGCACCUUAAAUAAAACUUUAAUUCUCUGUUCCCUGAUCCCUCCUGUGGAACAGAUGAAUAACAUCCAAAUAUAUGUGACGUACGCCAUCUCUUACCGACAUGUACGGCAGCCAUGGCUGUUAAAAGCAGUGUCCAACUAUUGCAGUGGAGUUUCUUGCUUUUUAAUAAUUUAUCAUAAAAUCUUAAUGCACAAAGUAAGACAUAAAGUGAAAUUACACUUACUCACAGCAUGGCAUUGUGCUAGAGAUGAUGGCAUCUGGCCCCACAGGACAGGAGGAUGCACAUUGUUCACCCAAGUGGACCUGUCCAUGUCUGUGACUCACCCAAAAUAAUGGAAUAUUGUUUGUGCUUGCGUACCACCUCUCAUGGUGUAAGCACUGACUUCUGGGAUAUGAAGCCAUAUAGUCUCACAGAGGUUUACUGGAUUGCUCUAAGAUGUCGGUGAGUUUGUACCAGACUACCUCUUGUCACAUAUCAGAAGAUGGUACUCUUCACUGUCACUGUUGUGAAAACCUCACAUCCAACAUACUGAUUACUCUUUCUGAGACAUAAACCUAGAAUCUAGAGAAAAUAAACUCAUCUCUGGUUCAAAUUUCUUUUUAACAUAUGACAGUACAGUGUAUUGUAGUAUUUUAAAAACACCGAUGAUGAGAAGAAACAAAACAAUAAUUCUGCCAAUGAAGAGCAGUCUUCUGGGUUGUAAUGCCAUGUAGUUCAGGGACAGCCCAACAUUUCAGAGCAUACUACCUCAAUCUUCAUGGCUGAUGAAUAAGCCACACAAGAAACCAGCAGAAGCAGCUGGGAAGCUGAGCUUAUUCUUUGACCCUGAAGAUGGAGGCAAUAUACUCCUCC